AUGAGGGAAAAUCAAGUAAGCCGUUUGAAAGUUAUGAUAGCGCAAUUGCUGCCUUCCACGGUUCUUCGCGGUGGGCGUGAUAAUUCGAUUUCUUCGCGUUCAUCUUCGGACUUUGAAGAAUUCAUAUACAAUCCACUACGUAGUGCAACACCUCGCUAUCGCCUAAGUCGUGAUAUUUCGGGUGGACAAGAAGUAUUUCCUGUACGGGUUUAUUCGGACACUGGAAAUUGUGUGCCACCAGAGGAGUUCACCUAUAUAUCUUCUUGUGACUUUUCAAUGUUCAAGGAAAAUCGUGUAUCAAAGCGAGUGAAAUGUGAUUGUGAUGACUUGAUAUGCGGUGAACUCUGUUCUUGUAGAGAAAUAAAUGAUAGACUCACUUUCUGUACUAUAAUGGGUGACGGACGGGUUUUUGUUAACUCAAAUGCAACAUUUUUCAAUACAUUGAUUGUGGGCUGCGGAAGCAAGUGCGUUUGUAAAGGGCAAUGUAGGAAUUCCCUGCGUUCAACUUCACUUCCUGCUCCGUUCAGAUUCGAAGUCUUUCGAAGAAGCGACGAUCUCGGUUUUGGGCUGCGUACAUUAAGCAAUAUACCUCAAGGUUGUGCUGUUGUUGAAUUCUGUGGUGAAGUAGUUGGGAGCAAAGUGUUGAGCAGUAGAGGGGCGGAAUCGUUGGAUUACUCUUUUUGCCUGCACUCAUCUGAAGAAACUGAGAUCUACGAGAGGCUGGCAUCAGCACGGCGUAUAAGGAGCGAAGCCUUCAGCGUACUGAACGAUAUAGCUUAUAUCGAUCCAACAAGGAAGGGCAAUAUUGCUCGCUUCAUCUCCUCAUGGAUGCUUCCCAAACUUGAUUAUGUUAAGUUAUUUUUCGACUAUGGAAGCAACUAUUUGAACAGAGCAGGAUUCAAAUGCGAAUGUCGCACGAUGUGGUGUGAUAGUGUAGCAGCGCGUUGGCGUUCUGCAUAUCCUUCUCAUGAAGAGAUCAUGCGGAAGUCUCAGGAGUAUUUUUCUUAUCUGAAACAACGUAUGAAAGUGUACGAUUUGAAAGCGAAGCAGUAUCUACGGAAUGAAGGCAUAAUUCGUCCUGAGUAUGAUGAUCUCGACGAGCCAUGCGAUGGCACGAAGUCUAAACUUUCAAGGAUUGAUCCCUCAUGUGUGCAUAAACGCGAUGGUGAAAAUGAACCUGUUAUUUGUUAUAAUCUUUACUGCCGCAACCAUGCGAAGUGCACCUGCAAACCUCUUGUCAGGGUUAUUCCCACAAUAACGCUUGAUUAA